CGGCCGGAAGUUCUCGCGUGAGCUGGGAAGCGGCGGUCACGUGCCCGCGCCCUGCUUCCGCCCAGACUCGCGGCCCGUUGGCAGCUUGAGGCCCCAAAAUCUGAGGCCAAAUUGAGUCAUCUUCAAGGCUGCCCAUUUGUUCCUUCAUCAUAAGACGACAGCGAGGAGGCCUCAAUUAUCAUAAAACGAUCGGGAGCGGCUCGCACGGACAAAGGAAGUGAAUUUCGAGUGACCAGCAGCAUAUAAUUGCAGAAUGCCGGGGCUAAGUUGUCGAUUCUAUCAGCACAAAUUUCCCGAAGUGGAAGAUGUCGUGAUGGUCAACGUCAGAUCGAUCGCGGAAAUGGGCGCCUACGUCAGCCUCCUGGAAUACAACAACAUCGAGGGCAUGAUUCUCCUCAGCGAGCUGUCCAGGAGGCGGAUCCGCUCCAUCAACAAACUCAUCCGCAUCGGCAGGAACGAGUGCGUGGUCGUCAUCAGAGUCGACAAAGAGAAAGGUUAUAUUGACUUGUCAAAAAGAAGAGUUUCUCCGGAGGAGGCUAUUAAAUGUGAAGAUAAGUUCACCAAAUCAAAAACCGUUUAUAGUAUCCUUCGCCACGUGGCCGAAGUGUUGGAGUACACCAAGGACGAACAGUUGGAAAGCCUGUUCCAGAGGACUGCCUGGGUCUUCGACGACAAGUAUAAAAAGCCAGGAUACGGUGCUUACGACGCCUUUAAGCUCGCGGUCUCAGACCCCUCUAUCCUUGAUGGACUAGAUUUAAAUGAAGACGAGCGGCGUGUGCUAAUUGACAACAUAAAUAGGCGCUUGACGCCACAGGCUGUCAAAAUCCGAGCAGAUAUUGAAGUGGCCUGUUAUGGUUAUGAGGGUAUCGAUGCUGUGAAAGAAGCUCUGAGGGCAGGUCUGAACUGUUCCACAGAAACUAUGCCAAUUAAGAUUAAUCUGAUUGCUCCGCCCCGAUACGUGAUGACCACAACGACACUGGAGAGGACAGAAGGCCUCUCUGUCCUCAAUCAAGCCAUGACUGUGAUCAAAGAAAAAAUCGAGGAGAAGAGGGGCGUCUUCAAUGUGCAGAUGGAGCCCAAGGUGGUCACAGAUACAGAUGAGACGGAGCUGGCGAGACAGCUGGAGAGGCUGGAGAGGGAAAAUGCCGAAGUGGACGGAGACGACGACGCUGAGGAAAUGGAGGCCAAGGCCGAAGAUUAACUCCUCGGGCAAACCGGUUCAACCCAAGGAGCAGAGCAGCCCUCCUGGCUGUAGCCACCCUAGACUUGAAAGUUUUCCAGUAUUGAAAACUUCAAAAGCCGAGUAUUUUUUAUUUUGAGGUAUUUAAACGAUCCGACAGACCAGCAUCCGAAAUGCUCCUCCCAAAUGUCAGCUACUUUACACGGUAGCUUGCAUUCAGUGAGCUCUUUUUAGGGGAGUGCCCUAGUUUUGCUCGAGAGGAUAACCAUGCCAGCUGAGGUUGAUUGGCUAUAUGAACUAGGCCUAACACUUUUAAUUCCUCCUGAUUGCCAGCCCCAUGCAACUCAGAGCUUUUGAGGCCUCCCAGGAGCACCAAAACUAAGCAAUCCCACCCCCUCUCCGUGCAUUGUAUUCAAGCAGACCAUUCAAUAAAUUUCCGGGGUAUGUAA